GUUAUUUUAUAGAACUGGAUUUUCCAGAGAUAGACGCCUUCAAAAACCUGUAUUCAGUGGCGCAAGCAUUUUAACGAAUAAGAAAUACAUUUAAGAUUUAAUAAAACAAGUAAAUAUGCUUAACUUUCAGUAUUUGAAGCACCAAAUUAACUAAAUUAAACUAAUUAACAAAUUUACCCCUUGACAAAAUUCUUAGCACGCCUCUGCCUCUAUCAUGCUGACGUUUUUUAAUGUACAGGUGUAUUUCGCUUCAGUUUCACUCAGGCAGCGAUUUAAGUUAAAAGCUUGCGGAUUCGAUUAACGAUGUGCAGCAACUGGCAAUCAGUUUUGAUUUUGUCUUGCUUAAGUCAGUUGGGGGCAACCCAGGACCCUCUAAUUUUUCAAAAAUUAGGAAAACCAUUGGCUAGCGCUGAGACAACGACACCAGGGCCGUUCUCCUUCACAACCUCUAACUUGGUACUGGUCAACAAUGUUAAAAUACCCGGAGCAAUCACUCCAUUCGUACCAGUUCCGCCUCCGACACAGGAAUUUCUGAACUGCUUUGGUAGCUGCCCCACUACUUCGCAGUAUAAUCCCAUUUGCGGGAGUAAUAUGCAGCUCUAUCUAAACGAGCAGAAAUUUAACUGCGCUCGUUUUUGUGGUGCUGACAUACAAAUAGUUCGACGAGGCAGUUGCGAGGGUCUUUUUGCGAUGACUCGCGGCUGAGGUACAUAUAUAGACAUAACAUAUAUACUUGCCAGAGAUGAUUUCGUCAAACCAGCAUUUUAAUUUGGUGUUCCCAGUUCAUGGAAAUUGAUAAGAGCAAAGAGAGAUGACGAACUGUAAAUAGACGUUAUAUUAAUAUUAUUACUAACAC